GUCGCAGCGGCCGGAGCCGCUCGCGGGCCGGGGCCGCGUUCUGCCCCCGGGGCGCCGGUAGCACCCCUAGCGCUGCAGCCACGGGCCCUGGGCCCGCGCCCGGGGGAGCCCGGCUCUGGUGCUGCCGUGGCGGCAGGAAAGGCCCAUCCCAGGGGGGCAGCCCGCCAGGCUGCGCCGGGGAGCGGCUGCUGCACCCUCCUGCUUUCCUGUGGCACAGAGAUCCAGUGUCCUCAGCGUAAGGCAGAGGGGGGAGCCCCCGGCUAAUUCUUGACCUUCUGUCCCUGCAUCCCCCACCCCGUGGCCUCUGGAGGGCUGCCCCAAAGCUGGGUCCUGGCCUGGAAGUCUUUGCCACCCCGGGCUAGCUCUGGGCAGUGCUGAGAGGGAGGCCACCGGGGUGGCCGUAAGCCAAACGCAUCCGUGAACGAAGAGUAACGAUAUGAGGAAUCAUUUUUUGCAGUCAGACAAAAACAGGUGCAUGCCUUGCCUGACACUGGAGGAACAACACUUUGGGUCUCCUUCAGGUCUUUUCUAAAAGAAUGAAAGGUUUUCCCCAAGCAACAACAACAACAAAAGUUUCAACCAAAAAAGAGCUUUAGUUAAUAAAGCAUUUUGGUGAAAAAGUGUCUGCUGUCCCAGGCAGCGCAGAUGAGUGAAGCCCCAGCAGGACUUGCAGACGCUGACUGCUGAGAUGCAAACACCAGCUCCCGCCCAUGUGGUCAUGUGAGCCAGGUCAAAAUCUUCAGCUUGAUUGAGAGAAGCCGAGUGACAUCCGUUGGGUUUGGUGUGCUGGGACAAGCAGAGUCUGAGCCGGUGCCAGGAGGAAGCUGUGAAGCGUGGCGGAUCUCCCAGCCGUGUUUCCCAGCCCAGGUCUGUGCUGCUGUGUGGGAGGGUGGCAGGAUGGCUCGGAGGAUGAGCAUCGAUGAGCUGGAGGACCAGCUACUCUGUCCCAUCUGCUUUGAGGUCUUCAAGGAGCCCCUGAUGCUGCAGUGUGGGCAUUCAUACUGCAAGUCCUGCGUGGCAUCACUCUCCAGAGAGCUGAACGGGCAGUUCCUGUGCCCCGUGUGCCGCCAAACAGUGGACUGCAGCGCCUCACCCCCCAACGUCACGCUGGCCCGUGUCAUCGAGGCACUGCAGAGCCGGGGCGAGGCAGAGCCCACCCCGGAGUCCUGCCCAACACACCACAACCCCCUCAGCCUCUUCUGCGAGGCUGACCAAGAGGUGAUCUGCGGGCUGUGUGGCACCAUUGGCAACCACCGCCAGCACAAGAUCACCCCCAUCUCUACCGCAUACUGCCGGAUGAAGGAGGAGCUGUCUGUGCUGCUGACCGAUGUCCACCAGUACAAGAGAAACCUGGAUGAACACUUCAGCAAGCUCAUCAACAACAAAAGCCGCAUCGCAAAUGAGGCGGAUGUCUUCAAAUGGGUGAUCCGGAAGGAGUUCCAGGAGCUGCACAAGUACAUCGAUGAGGAGAAGGCCACCUUCCUGGAGAGCAUCGAGGGGAAGGCAGCCCAGCUCCUCACCUCCAUUGAGUCCCAGGUCAAGCAGACAUCAGAUGCCCUGCAGAGGCUUAAGGAGAUGCAGAGCUCUUUGGAGGCACUCAGCAAUGAAAGUCAGCUUGAUUUCAUCCGGAAAUAUGGCUCCUGCCAGUUCAGGUCAGAGCUCCCCUGCCUGCACCCUGGUGAUGGCAUCUUCAGUCCUGUCUCCUUUAAGCCAUGCUUCCACCAAGAUGACAUCAAGAUGACUGUGUGGAAGCGCCUGCACCGCCGUGUCCUGCCAGCUCCAGAGACACUGAAACUGGACCCAGUGACAGCGCAUCCCCUCCUGGAGCUAUUCAAGGGUGACACGGUGGUGCAGUGCGGGCUCUACCAGCGCCGGGACAGCAACCCCAAGCGUUUUGACUCCAGCAACUGCAUCCUCACCUGCAAGGGCUUCUCCUGCGGCCAGCACUACUGGGAGGUGAUUGUGGGCACCAGGAACCACUGGCGCGUGGGCAUCAUCAAGGGCACAGUCAGCCGCAAAGGGAAGCUCAGCAAGUCUCCCGAGAAUGGCGUGUGGCUCAUCGGCCUGAAGGAAGGGAAGGUCUACGAGGCCUUUAGCACCCCGCGGGCUACCCUGCCUCUGACUGCCCGGCCCCAGCGCAUCGGCAUCUACCUGCACUACGAGAAGGGUGAGCUGACCUUCUACAAUGCCGACAACCCCGAUGAGCUCAGCCCCAUCUACACCUUCCACGCGGAGUUCCAGGGCCAGCUCUACCCCAUCGUGGACCUGUGCUGGCACGAGCGAAGGCCCUACUCCCCCCCCAUCAUCCUGCCCGCACCUGCUGCAAGCCAGCACCCCCGGGUGCCGUACAACCAUCCUGCCCCAGAGGAACCCACAAAGCUGUAGCCCAGCCAGCAGGAUGAGGCUGUGACCCAGGAUGGCUCUGGCUGAGUCUGGGGGGCCUGCAGCAGAGGGCAGUCAGGCUGCAUGCAGGGCUGUCCUCUACGUGGAGGCUGUGGUGCUGCAGAGUAAGCUGCAGCAGCGCAGGAGGGUCCUUCCGCUCUCCUCCGAGAGCAAAAAAUGUCAGCCUUGACCUCUGAAUCCCCAUCCCCCUCCCGGCAGGCUGACCCUAAAGCCUAAAACACAGCUGGCCUGCAAAGAUCUCCCUGCGGAAAGGAGCGCCUGCCUGAAAAGCACGAGCCGUGAGCGUCCAGGGUCUCUGUUGGCAUGUCUUUCUUCUAAAUAAAUAGU